AUAUCCAUUAAGCAGUGAGUUCUCAAGCCAAUAGAUCUCGACUAAACAUUUGUGCUAACCCAACGCUCCAUCGUUCCCCGAUCAUCCCUCCACGCGGCCAUGGCGCAAGACAAGCACCCGUCCCGAGCCUCCGAAAACAUGCGUCUUCCUUCUCUGAGGUUCCAUCUCGCCUCCCCUCUGCCCUCUGGCGCCCUGUUUGGCCCGCGGCUGGGCACCCUGACGCUGCACAGGUAUGAUGGCGCCGGCAGAAACACGAACGCGAACACGGAUCCAGCAGACAGUGAUGGAUCGGCGAAUGCUGCGGAAGAAGAAGGUACACAGAUUGAGCUGCCUACACCCGGAUUCUUGGUGUGCACGUCGCGGGGCGUCGUGCCUCAUCUGUCGCGCGACCACUGCAAUGCGGCGUCGGCGGUGCACUGGGUCCAUGUUCCUUUCGAGUCCUUUUUAGAUAACUCGCCACCGGUACCUACGCUGCAGGGCGGUGACACGCCGCUGCAUUCCUUCUUGGGCUUUGAUAAGGCCAAGCACGUCGUCUCGAUGUCGAUACGGGAUCCGCACGAUGUGCGCGAGAUGCCGCCUAAUGGCCCGAAACAUCUCACAGCCAAGUGCGUCAGAGGCGUGCGCAAGGUUACGCUAGAUGACUGGCGCAGGUACACCAGCGCCACGCGACCUGACAUCGUGUUCGCUCUGAGCGACACGCCGUUCACACCGCCUCCUUACUCGCAGAAGCGCCUCACGAAGAGUAUCGAGCGUAGUGCUGAGUGGCUUGCGGAUCUUCUCCGCCCCGGGUCGACGGCAACACAGCCCCAGGACUCGCAAAGCACGCACCCGUUGAAUGUGUUCGUGAAUAUGGCGGGUGGACACGCUAUCGCAGCGCGCGAGGCGUUCGCGCACGGGCUCGUGGAGCGUCUCUACGGGAAAGACGCGGAGGUGGUGAAGCCCCUGAAACGACUCGACGAUGGCGUGUGUGGGUAUGCGUUCGAUCUCGCCCCGCUCCGGCACGCUGCACCUCUCCCAGUUGCGGCCAUGGCACCUGAUGCAGCUGAAAACGACGAGGUCUCGAAAGCGCUCGACGAAGUCACAGACAAACUUGGUGCAACGUCCCUGAUCACAGAAAACGCAGUAGCAGCUCUCAAAGAAGCGCCAACACCCAAUCCACUGCCCUCUUCCGCAACGCAAGUUAUUCCCCCUCAAUCGAACGACGUCAGCCACCAUUCCUCGCGUGCAGAAACGUCCUUGCACGAGCUGCUCCGCGCCUCGCUCGAGCCCCUCCUGCCUCAAAAGCCACGCCUCGCGACGGGCUCACAGCUCCCUCACGAGGUGCUCGCCCUGAUCAUCGACGUCGGGAUCGACGUCUUCGACGCCACCUGGGCGGUGCAGGCUGCCGGGUGGGGCGUCGCCCUCGAUUUCAAGUUCCCCGUGCCCACGUCUGCGCCCCCACAUUCCCAGCCUCAAACCCACGAUCACGAUCACGAUUUCAACCGAGAUCAGUCUAUGCUGUCCCUGGGCGGUGGGCUCGUGCGAGAAGAUGGGAAGCGUGAUAUCGGGCAUGAUCUGUACGCGGACCGGUACGCGAACGAUUUCUCGAGGUUUGCGGAUUGUUUUGCUGCCAGGUGCGAUUCUACAAAUACGAAGAAUAUCGUCGCCGCCGUCGACUUGGCGGGAGAAGAGACGCAACCAACUUGUCCGUGCAUCGCGUGCUCGCCGCGCACGCCAAGGAGGCAUACUAUACAUAGUAAGGUCGAUUUUCAUUCUUACCCUGCCGCAAGCGAGGGCGGCGGCGAGGAGAAUGCGGAGUCCAAGAGACACGAGGAGUAUAGACCGCCGUUCACACGUGCGUAUCUACACCACCUGCUGCACACACACGAGAUGUCAGCGCACACGGUGCUUGUUGCACACAAUCUCGCGGUGCUCGAUGCAUUCUUCGCUGGCAUCAGAAGCGUUCUUGGAUGCGGAGGCAGGGCUGGUGAACAGGUGGAUGGUGAUGAUCACGGUCGAAGCAGUGAGGCCUUCGAGGAGACCGCUGAUCGCUUCUGGCAAGAGGUGCGGAGGUUCACGGAAGUGUACAGCGGGAGCAUGGCGCUGUUCGAGGAGGCGAGGAGUCAUUGGGGUUCUGUCGAUUAUGCCCGUGGGAAGGGGCGGUUGACGAGGGAGAGGGAGGUGCAGUCUACACCUGGAUCGGAUAUUGCAUAGUCGGGAUAGAAAAUAUUAAAGGGCGCUUGCGAUUCUGUAGUUGCAAAUCCCCUAGCAACAGCUGGUGGGAGAGUGGCCGAGCUGGUCAAGAGCACAUUGACCUAUGGUAGAAUGCUUCUAGAUACUGGUCUCCCGUUUUCGCACAACCAUCUUCACUUGGGCAUAAUCAUCUUCACUUUGUACGCAACCAUCGUCGUUUUGUACAAGACCACCUUCAUCUUUUGACAAAUGAUCAUCAGAAAGUCUAUGUCUGC